UAGUUCUAGCCUAAAUCGUGUUCAUUGUCACGUGUUCUGCAACAAUGGCAUUGCACAGUGAUUUAACUAUUUAUGCCCUAAAGUAUGUAUAAUUGUUGAUCUGCUUCAAUAAAGUCAGAACAGCUUGACUGAUGUAUUGAGAGUGUUUAUUACGUUCCGGGUCGAAUUACGGUGGCCUGCGAGUGUUAGUGUUGUGUACUUUCCCUGCGGUACGGUGCUCGCGCUUUGUCUCCAUGGUGGCAACGAGUGAAGUCCGGGUUGAAGACGAGGUUCAUGGGACAUGGAAGAGAAUGAAAUCUGUAUGGAGAGAGCAAAUGAAUUACUGGGAGCAGAGCCCAACAUUGCAGAGGUACCUGAGAGUGCACAGCAGGUUUUCCAGCAGCUGCCCGGUAUCAAUGCCAGCCAGCUGACCCUGGAACACCAAAACUCCUCUGCAGUCCUGCCGAUCACACUGCAAAUAACAGACAAUCCCCCAGCGUGUGAGAAUGUGCCUGAGCAAGCGUCUCACAGCCAUCCCAACGCCAGCAGUCAAUUCCACAUCUUCGAUCAGAAUGGACAGCCUGUCCAGUACGAGCGCAUGGUGAUUGUCACUGGCCAAUCAGAGAAUGGACAGGUCUUCCAUGUGAUUCCAUCCAGCCAGUUAGGAUCAGCGCAGAUGUUACUACCUCAGGGACAGCUCCUGGAUGUGACAGCCACACAGAAUUCUUGUGAAGAAAAGACAUCAGUCGGUGAAUUGCAAACAGUUUCCUUGAGUGCAAUAGAAGACAGCACAAGUGGCUAUGUGGCGCUCUCCCAGCCUUCCUUUACCAUGCCGAAAAACACAGAACCCAGUACUGAUAACUGUUUUGCAGUGCCUCCCAAGCCUCUCCCCCCCAACACACCCGCCUGGGCAAGGAGACUCAGGAGCUGUGAGAAAAUCGGUGACUCAUUCCGCGGUUACUGUAUGAACGAAGCUGAGCUGGAGGGGGUGCUGACGCUGCACAAGCAGCAGACUCAAAGCGUGUGGGGGACCCGGCAGUCUCCCAGCCCGGCCAAACCGGCCACCAGGCUCAUGUGGAAGUCUCAGUAUGUGCCCUACGACGGGAUACCCUUUGUGAAUGCAGGCAGCAGGGCUAUAGUGAUGGAGUGUCAGUUUGGACCAAGACGGAAAGGACUACAGCCUAAGAAGACUGUAGAGAGUGAUAUCAACCCAAACCAGCAAUACAAAGCAACCUGUCCAGCAAGGAUUUACAUCAAGAAGGUAAAGAAGUUCCCUGAACACAGAGUGCCGACAGACCCCAAAGUUGACAAGAAAAUUGUCAGACAAGAACAAGAGAAAGCUUUUUUGAAUCUCAAGAAGAGCCUGUGGGAGGCAGGAGGAGUGUUGAGGUAUUAUGUUCAGCUGCCCACUCAGAAGGCCCACCAGUACCAUGACUUGGAGACUGCGUACUUCCCUCCGCCCACGACUCAGCUCCCCCUGCCUGUGCCUGAGGAAGAGGAGCCGGAAGAGGAGGAGGAGGUGCCGGGAGAGGACACCAGCUGCGUUCCCUCGCGCCUGCACCCACGAGUGGCUGAGAAGAUCUGUGAGCUGGUCUCUCAGGGAUACGACCAGGUCUACAUGGUCAGGAAACAGCUCAGGAAGUUCGUAGAGCGAGAGAUGUUCAAAGCAGAUGAGGUUCCUGAAAGACACAACCUGUGCUACUUUCCAACAGUGAAUGACAUUAAGAAUCAUAUCCACGAGGCACAGAAGGCCCUUCACCAGGAAAAUCCUGAUUACAAUCCAGAGGCAGCUGAUACAAGGCUUCAGUGGACUACAGACAGUGGAAACCCACUAACAGAGACAGUGACAUUGACACUUGCUCCAACAACAAUGGAAGAAGCCCCGGUGAAUUCGAUGAUCUCAAAGGCAAGGAAUCCGGAAGUCAGUGACACUCUGUCUCCUGAGGCAGUCCAGCUCCUCAGUUCCUUCUCCUCUCUACAGCCCAAGAUGUUUGCACAGUUACAGGGAAUUCAUCUGCAGCCCACAUUCAAUCCCCAUGAUGGGUUACCUGCACUGAUGGCAGUGAAUGCCCAGCCCCUCCCAGCAGUCAGCCAGGCUACAGAGAUCCUGGACUCAGGAAGCCUCUCCACCUCCCAGCCUCUGCUCCUGAGUCCCACGCAGUUCCUGCAGCCCAGCGCCUCCCUUUCAGAGAAUGUGAUGGCGCCGCCCACCCUGGUCAAUGUGUCCAUCCCUGACCCCAGCCUCCUGGGUAUGGGCCAGCUGGUGGCAGUGUCUGCUGUGGGGGAGAGCUCCAUGGAGGGGGGGAUGCACCAGAUCCUGCUGGAAGAUGGGCAGACCAUUCCAGUGGACAUUGUGGAUGACCCGGCCAGCAUUGCUCAGAACAACUCAGUUUGCUCGAGCCAGGAAAAAGUGGAAGCUGAUGACAAGAGCAUUUCAGAAGGUGGCAACGCAGCUGGGCACUGAUCAGACAGACCAGAACCCUGCCUUACACCAGUGGGACUGUUACAAUUAGAAUGCCAGCUAAACUCACGUAAGCCUCGCCAACUCAAGAGCCUUGAAGCCCUGAAUUCACUGUUUCUGUUAAGAACUUUCUGUACAGUUUAAUGGGGCAGCAGGACCAAUGAACAGGAACAAAACUUUUGAAGGGGCAAGUGGUACAAUUACAAUUCAGCUAUGCAAGAGGUCAUUAUCA